AUGCUGCCAAACCCAGCAUAUGGCUGCCAGACAUGUAUGGUGCCCAUCAGGUUUCUGGGCUUCUUCCCUUGGCAAAUCCCAUCAGAUGCCAACUUCCACUGUAUCUCUUUCUCUGAGACAGACCAUCCGCGUGCCUUAAUUACAGAGGGUCUUGGUCAGCUUGGAGUGGGGCUUGCUAACUUUUUGAGGAAACGAUUUGGAAAGGACAAUGUGAUCUUGUCUGACAUAAUGAAACCCCCCAGCCACAUCUUUCAUAGUGGGCCAUUCAUUUAUUCUAGUAUUUUGCAUGACAGGAAUCUUCGAGAGAUAGCGGUAAACAACUGUAUCACCUGGAUGUUUCAUUAUAGAGCUCUACUCAGUGCCUCCGGAGAAGCAAAUGUAUCUUUGGCGAGAGCUGUGAAUAUAACUGGACUGCAUAAUGUUCUGGAUGUUGCAGCAGAACACAAUUUGCGAUUGUUUGUGCCUAGCAUGAUUGGAGCCUUUGGACCCACUUCUCCCCAGAACCCAACCCCUGAUCUCUGUAUUCAGAGACCCAGGACCAUCUAUGGUGUGUCCAAGGCCCACGCGGAGCUCAUGGGAGAAACUAUGCAGUGCAGAUUUUCCAUGAUGCUACAAAGAAUGGCAAAUUUGAGUGCAACCUGAAAUCCAAUACGAGGCUCCCAAUGAAGUAUAUUGACGACUGCCUCAGGGCCACCCUCGAAGUCAUGGAGGCCCCUGCAGAGUCUCUCUCCAUGAGAACCUAUAACAUCAGUGCCAUAAGCUUCACCCCCAGGGAGCUGGCCCAAGAGGUUCUCAAGCAUGUACCAGAAUUCCAGAUCCCAUACCACGUGGAUUCUGUUC